UUCGAGCUCCGCUUUAUUCCGAGCCGCCGAGCUGCAGUGUUCCCGGAACCACAGUUCGCGAUCAUGCAGGUCGCGAGUGGCCGCAGCGGGGCUGCGUGGACGCGGGCGCUGCUGCUGCAACUCCUGCUCGCGGGGCCCGGGGGCUGCCUGAGCCGCCAGGACCUCUUCCCCUUUGGCCCCUCGCAGGGGGACCUGGAGCUGGAGGAUGGGGACGACAUCGUGUCGCCGGCCCUGGAGCUCAGCGAGGCGCUCCGCUUCUACGACCGUUCGGACAUCGACUCAGUCUACGUCACCACAAAUGGCAUCAUUGCCAUGAGCGAACCGCCUGCCAAAGAAUCCCAUCCUGGACUCUUUCCACCCACCUUCAGCGCGGUGGCACCUUUCCUAGCAGACUUAGACACAACUGACGGCCUUGGGAAGGUGUAUUAUCGAGAAGACCUGUCCCCCUCCAUCACUCAGCUGGCGGCAGAGUACGUCCAGAGAGGCUUCCCAGAGGUCUCUUUCCAGCCUAGCAGUGUGGUGGUGGUGACCUGGGAAUCUGUGGCCCCCUACCAAGGGUCCAGCAGGAACGCUGCCCAGGAAGGCCAGAGAAACACGUUCCAGGCUGUUCUGGCCUCCUCCAAUGCCAGCACCUACGCCAUUUUUCUGUACCCCAAAGAUGGUCUGCAGUUCUAUAAGACUUUCUACAAGAAGGAGGAGAGCCAAGUGCCUGCUAUGGUUGCUUUCAGCCAAGGUUUAGUGGGAUUCUUUUGGAAGAGUGACGGAGUGUAUAAUAUAUUUGCUAAUGAUAGCAAGUCGAUUGAAAACUUGACCAGGAGCAGCAACUGUGGGCUCGAGGGCGCAUGGGUGUUUGAGAUUGGGAGUCCAGCCACUGCCAAAGGUGUGGUUCAGGCGGAGGUGAGCCUCCAACCCGACAAUGGAGCAAAGUUUGCAGGAGAAGUCGAAGAUUAUGACCAUAUGACCACUCAUCUUGGCCUGGAGGAUGCAGCAACCCCAUCUUUGCCCUUCAAGAUUUCAAAAAGGGGAGACAUUGACACAUACGAUGUACCUCGUGCCCUCUCCCCACGCCAUGAGACUACUGAGGGGUCCAGGUCUUUCCAGUUGCCGGUGGAGAAGUUUCCCCAACAGCAGCCCCAGGUCAUAGAUGUGGAUGAAGUGGAGGAAACAGGAGUUGUGUUCAGCUACACCACGGAUUCCCAGCAGACGUGUGCCAGCAACAGACACCAGUGCUCAGUGCAUGCGGAGUGCAGAGACUACAGGACUGGCUUCUGCUGUAGCUGCGUGGCCGGCUACACGGGCAACGGCAGGCAGUGCGUUGCAGAAGGCUCCCCGCAGCGUGUCAAUGGCAAGGUGAAGGGCAGGAUUUUUGUGGGCAGCAGCCAUACCCCUGUAGUCUUUGAGAACACUGACCUCCACUCCUACGUGGUGAUGAACCAUGGGCGCUCCUACACGGCCAUCAGCACCAUCCCCGAGACCGUCGGCUACUCCCUGCUUCCUCUGGCACCCAUCGGAGGCAUCAUUGGGUGGAUGUUUGCUGUGGAGCAGAACGGAUUCAAGAAUGGCUUCAGCAUCACCGGGGGUGAGUUCACGCGCCAGGCCGAGGUGACCUUUGUGGGGCACCCGGGCAAGCUGGUCAUCAGGCAGCAGUUCAGUGGCAUCGACGAGCACGGACACCUGACUAUUGACACGGAGCUGGAGGGCCGCGUGCCACAGAUCCCGGCCGGUUCCUCUGUGACCAUCGAGCCCUAUACAGAGCUCUACCACUACUCCGGCUCGGUGAUCAUGUCCUCCUCCACCCGGGAGUACACGGUGACUGAGCCUGAGCCAGCUGGUGCGGCACCGUCACACACCUACGUUUACCAGUGGCGCCAGACCAUCACCUUUGAAGAGUGUGUGCAUGACACAGCGCGACAGGCCCUGCCCAGCACACAGCAGCUCUCGGUGGACAGCGUGUUUGUCCUGUACAACCAGGAGGAGAGGAUCCUGCGCUACGCCCUCAGCAACUCCAUUGGACCCGUGAGGGAGGGCUCCCCCGAUGCCCUUCAGAAUCCUUGCUACAUCGGCACUCACGGCUGUGACACCAAUGCAGCCUGUCGCCCUGGCCAAGGGACAACAUUCACCUGCGAGUGCUCCAUUGGCUUCCGUGGAGAUGGGCGGACCUGCUACGAUAUCGACGAGUGCUCAGAGCAGCCCUCCGUGUGCGGCAGCCAAGCGAUCUGCAACAACCUGCCAGGCACCUUCCGCUGUGAGUGCUCCGAGGGCUACCGCUUCUCAGACCAAGGCAAAUGCGUGGCUAUCGUGGAGCAGCGCCCCAUUGACUACUGUGCCACUGGCCUCCAUGACUGUGACAUCCCCCAGCGGGCCACCUGCAUCUACACGGGAGGCUCCUCCUACACUUGCUCCUGUCUGCCAGGCUUUUCUGGGGACGGCCGAGCCUGCCAAGAUGUGGACGAAUGCCAGCUCAGUCGCUGUCACCCUGAUGCCUUCUGCUACAACACUCCAGGCUCCUUCAUGUGCCAGUGCAAACCUGGCUACCAAGGAGACGGCUUCCAAUGCGUGCCUGGCGAGGUGGAGAAGACCCGGUGCCAGCAGGAGCGUGAACACAUUCUUGGCGCAGUGGGGGCAGCAGACACUCAGCGGCCCAGGCCACCAGGACUCUUUGUCCCUGAGUGUGACGAGCAUGGGCACUAUGCACCCACCCAGUGCCAUGGCAGCACUGGCUACUGCUGGUGUGUGGACCGUGAUGGCCGUGAGCUGGAGGGCACCAGGACCAGGGCUGGGCUGCAGCCUCCAUGUCUGAGCACAGUCCCCCCCGUGAUUGACCAGAGACCUGCACUGCCUACCUCUGUGAUUCCCCUGCCCCCUGGGACCCACUUACUCUUUGCCCAGACUGGGAAGAUAGAGCGCCUCCCCCUGGAGGGGAAUACUAUGAAGAAGGAAGAAGCCAAGGCAUUUCUUCAUGUUCCGGAGAAGAUCAUCAUUGGGUUGGCCUAUGACUGUGUAGACAAGAUGGUUUACUGGACGGACAUCACGGAGCCUUGCAUCGGGAGAGCUAGCCUGCAUGGUGGAGAGCCGGCCAUCCUCGUCCAGCAGGGUCUGGGGAGCCCGGAAGGCAUUGCCAUUGACCAUCUUGGUCGCAACAUGUUCUGGACGGAUUCUCACUUGGAUCGAAUAGAAGUUGCCAAGCUGGACGGCACGCAGCGCCGAGUGCUGUUUGAUACUGAUUUGGUGAACCCCAGGAGCAUCGUAACGGAUCCCGUGAGAGGGAACCUUUACUGGACAGACUGGAACAGAGAUAACCCCAAAAUUGAAACCUCCUACAUGGAUGGCACGAACCGCAGGAUUCUUGCACAGGAUGAGCUGGUCUUGCCCAAUGGCCUGACCUUCGACCCGUUCUCAUCACAGCUUUGCUGGGUGGAUGCAGGCACCCAUCGGGCCGAAUGCCUGAACCCGAGUCAGCCCAGCAGACGCAAGGUCCUCCCGGGACUUGAGUACCCUUUUGCAGUGACGAGCUUUGGGAAGAAUCUGUAUUAUACAGACUGGAAGGGGAACUCCGUGGUUGCCAUUGAUCUCACGAUUUCUAGUGUGACAGACACGUUUCACCCCCACAAGCAGAGCCGGCCGUAUGGCAUCACCACCACCCUGGCACAGUGUCCCCAAGGUCACAACUACUGCUCUGUGAACAAUGGCGGCUGCACCCACCUCUGCCUGGCCACCCCAGGGAGCAGGACCUGCCGCUGCCCUGACAACACCCUGGGAGUCGACUGUGUGGAGCAGAACUGAAGACAGGAGUGCCUCCUUCCCUCUCCGAGUAUUUCACAGCAGUGCCCGACUUGAUACUGCUUGGUCCAGACGGACACCUGUCUUCCAGCUGAGGGAUCAUUAGGCUCAGAACUAGCCUGAGCCCAAACAACUUUUCUCACACUGUUCCCCAAAGCAUGCCCAGGGUUUCUGUAGUGAGGUCUGUGCCCCGAUUCAGGGGUUGAAUCUCCCACCCUGACCUCAUUUUUCAGACAAGCUUACAGAGCCCCAGGUGAAAACAGUGUGCCCCGUCCCAUGUCUUAGGACCUUUUCCUGGUCCUAGUCCCCAGAGGUGAGCGGCCUACGCUCUGAGACACCUGCCAGCUCCUCAGUACGCCAGCCGGGGCCUGCCUGGACAAGGAUGUGAAGGAGGGAGCUGACCCUGCCACUCCUUUUCUCUUGGUGCUCUUAAUUCCCCACCUUUCCACUUCCCAGCUCCUCACCAUCUUCAUCCUGCCCAAGCCAUGAUUCGGUGAGCGUGCUCUGCCUUUGACCAGAACCCACCCACUUCCAGGGCGGUUUGGAAGCUGGUAGACGAUAAGGAGCUGCCCUUCCAGGUGAAAUUCUGGCUGUUCAGCAGUGACUUUUGGUAGUCAGAGGCUUCUGUCAAAGAAGCAUCCUGGGGAAGAAAUUGUAAGAUGUAGAGAUGUUUGAGACUAUGAGAGUUAUCUUGAUGUGCCUUAAAUGAUACCAGAGAUGACCCAUUAUCCUUCUUUACCAGAAGCACCUGCGUCUCAGCAUUUGCCUGUGGUGCUGUGCUGGUCUCCAGCCCUGCUGCUGGUACCAGUGCCCAUUCUCGUGGAGACCCAGAUGUGGCACGGGCUGGGGCAGGUCACAGGCUGUGGUCCAUCUGGCCCCUCACCUGCAGCCCCCACCCUGGGUAUUGCUUUGCCCUCAGUCAGGACCUGGCCUUUCAUGUCUACCUCCCUCGGUGGCCCCUGCUGGCUCUGUUUUCAUCUGAAGGCACAGUUCGGGAAGAUCUGCUUGAGUGUUUAUAGUAAUGGCUCAGACCCUUACUUGUACAUUGCCUAAUGCAAGGGGACGACUGCUGCAUUUCAUAUUUAUGUUUCAACAUUGGUUUCCUAAACAUUUCCUGACCAUGUGAGUAGCUGGUGUUAUCUCUUCCAGCUGCUUCCCAGGGGCCUGAGAUAACAGAGAUUGUGGAUUGGAAGCAUAAGGAGCUUGGGCCAGGACAGCAUGGGGUGAGAGGGGUGGAGACCAUGGGUAGAGAGCUUCAGAAGAGACUGACCAAAGGCAGGAAUGGAAACGCCAAGAAAAGGGGCCGAGGAGGGGCUUAAGAACACCAAUAUGAAAAUGCACAACACCAAAGAGGAACUGGUACAUUUCUGCCAAAGAUCACUUGUCCUAAGCACAUGGAAGGAUUUGUUCUCCCCACCUAUUUGCUUCAAGCCCCAGCACUUUGUCCCUGCCCCUUCCCUCCUGCCUUUGCCUGACCUGCUUCUGGGGCCUGGGAACCCCAAUUGAAUAUCUUUCCUUACGUAAUUGGAGUAUUCUGAGAGGCAACUGUAUCCCCAAGAAUCCCAGGCUUGGGGAAACGUGGGUCUUACACAAGGCCAGCCCCACACCUUAGUCUUUCUUUUUUGUAUUUAUCAUCCUGUAUCAAGCCCCGCAUAUCAAGUGUUCAACAUGAUGUUAGUGUUUAUGCCUGUUUUCCUCAUUUCACUAGAUUCAUUCUAAAGUCUUAAAUGGUAAGUUUUAAACUGUGGAAACCACUGAAGGUGCUUAUUAACUAUUCCCUAAAAUGUACACAAGUAUUGAACAAUUCCUUGAGUUUACAGCUGUACAAAUAUUAGUGAAGAAUAUUAAAAAAUGUUUUGUUUAAAAA